UAUGGACUUACCCUCUGCUGCAACGGUAUCGACUUGGAAAAGCGUGCGUGCUGGGAAGGUGACGUGGAAAGAGGAUGAUAUCAGGCAGCUGGCAUUCGAGCUCAAAACAGGUCUACCUCUUCCAGUUUUGCAGGUUCUCACGAGUCCUGACUGGCAUGGAGGCAAGCUUAUCCAAUUGGACGAGUUGAUCAAGCCGAGCGUCGAGGACAUCAAGUUGAAUUUUGCAUGGGUGGCACCUUUUGUGAAGGCAUCGCCAGACAAGGUUCCAUCGGGGUUUCUGAUCGCAGACACUUUUCUUUAUUGCGACCACCUGUUCAUGGGCAAGCUCCUGCAACCAAGACAGCCGGGCGAGACAAAGCAGACCAUGGCUGCUGAAGAGGCAGGCAACUGCAAGCGCCUGAUUGGGGCACUCCGCGGGCUUUGGCGCUCGAGCAAGCUUGGGCACCACCCCCAGAUCACCUACUUGAAGAGUUUGUUGGUGAAAUCACCAACUCGGUCGCGGGCUUCCGCCGAGGAGGACCAAAGUCUAGUGGAUGCUGACGAGCCGGCCCCUGCGAAUGACGCGCCUGCUGAAGUUGGGGUUGAGGCGCCUGCUGAACUUGAGGGCGAUACGCCAGAGGACGAUAGCCAGCAGUGUGUGGACGCAGAAAUGCAUGACGCAGCUGAUAGCCAGGAGAGCCAGCAUGUGGACGCGCAGAUGCCUGACAGCGAGCCUGUGUGUGAUGGCGAGAGCGACUUUGAAGUUGAGGAGGACCGCAAGUCCCUUGCGAUGGCCCAAGACCGCUGCCAAUCUGCUGAUGUGGAUGACGACUUGGAUGCAGCCACUUUGCGAUUGGGAGAUCACUCAGGCUCUGAGAGCGAAUCUGAAGCUGAUGGAGGCACCCCGGACCACAUUGAGAUGUGGGAAAGCCGGUAUUUUCACGCGCAGAAGGCCUUGGCAGCUGCACGCGUGAAGAAGGAACCGGAGGAGGGCCUAAGUCACGGCGGCUCCAGCGCUGUGAAGCGGAAACUAUCAUUCGCAGAGGAGCGCGCGAAAGGAAUGCAGAAGGCCAAGCAAGAGGCCAAGGCUGCAGAGCCACCAGUUCCUGAGUCGAAUGGCAAAUCUCCCACGUUCCGCGACUUCGAUCUCCAAGAGCUUGCUGUCCCAGCUGAAGCAUGGCCAGCUGGACCCACCAAAGGAAAACUUGGGUACACAGUGACAUCUUCCAAUGGGGCCGCCAUUGAGGUUCUUUGCCGGAACCGUGCUUUUGUGGUGAAACGUAUUGGUGGUGAGGCUGAGGAAGGCAAGAAUAUCAAGGGUCAGCUAUCGUGGUGCAAGUUUCCCAAUGUUAAAGCUGCCUGGGAAGUUGCGAAAGUCCGUGCCAAUUUUGGCGGCUAGGACGUUGAUGGGGUUCUCUGUGUGAGCAG